AUGUCUUCCUUAGAGGAAUUGAAAAACGAGAUCGAUGAAUUGAAAGAGCUUGUUGCAAGGCAAAGCAAGGUGAUUAGCCGCACUGGGGAGCAGCUUUUGAGAUUCCAAGUAAGACAAACCGACAGAGAGCUCAAUUCCAUUGAUGUUCCAAGAGUUGGACCCGAUGGCACAAUUUCAAAACAAGGACAAAUUGACACAUCAGAAUUUGCUACCAACGAUGACCUUGUUCAGCUUGUGGGCGAGCUGCAAGGUCAAUUGAACAUCCUGGAACAAAGAUCGCUGAGAAGAACCAUCAAUUCGGGACUUUCGAAAGACACCGAUCUCAUUGCUCCGGUUUUGAACUCCGAUGGUGACGAGCCUCCUGAAACGCUUUACCCGAAGACAUUGAAAGAGUUCCGCGAUUUGUCUGAUGAUUCAGUACUCUCCCUUUGUCAUUUCUAUGAGCUCCUGCCACCAACUUUGGAAGAAGAGGCCAAGUUGCGUGCUUUCAUGGAAGGAAAGAUUAAGUCUCCAAAUGUGGAUCCCUCAGAAUUCAAACCAUCCUCGGCCGACUACUCUAAAGAGGUGCUUGAUGGCCUUUACGACGACCUUGCAAGAUUCUUAGGUCUAAAAUUCAGAAAAACCGAACACGCAUGGUAA